GGGGUGGCGUGGGGGACCGGCGCGUAGCCGGGACCAUGGAGGGGCAGAGCGGCCGCUGCAAAAUCGUGGUGGUGGGAGACGCAGAGUGCGGCAAGACGGCGCUGCUGCAGGUGUUCGCCAAGGACGCCUAUCCCGGGAGUUAUGUCCCCACCGUGUUUGAGAACUACACCGCGAGCUUUGAGAUCGACAAGCGCCGCAUUGAGCUCAACAUGUGGGACACUUCAGGUUCCUCUUACUAUGAUAAUGUCCGGCCUCUGGCCUAUCCUGAUUCUGAUGCUGUGCUCAUCUGCUUCGACAUUAGCCGACCAGAAACACUGGACAGUGUUCUCAAGAAGUGGCAGGGAGAGACUCAAGAGUUUUGCCCCAAUGCCAAGGUUGUGCUGGUUGGCUGUAAACUGGACAUGCGGACUGACCUGGCCACACUGAGGGAGCUGUCCAAGCAGAGGCUUAUCCCUGUUACACAUGAGCAGGGCACUGUGCUGGCCAAGCAGGUGGGGGCUGUGUCCUACGUUGAGUGCUCCUCCAGGUCCUCUGAGCGCAGCGUCAGGGAUGUCUUCCACGUGGCCACAGUGGCCUCCCUUGGCCGUGGCCAUAGGCAGCUGCGCCGAACUGACUCACGCCGGGGAAUGCAGCGAUCCACUCAGCUGUCAGGACGGCCAGACCGGGGGAAUGAGGGCGAGAUACACAAGGAUCGAGCCAAGAGCUGCAACCUCAUGUGAGGGGCUAGGAGAGGGCAGAGUGUGAAGAGGGGUGGUGAGGGACACAGUUGUUCCCCUGCCUGCGCCCAGGCUUUCUGACCUCCUGAGCCUGGCUGGGAAGUCAGGGCAGGCAGAGCAAGCAAUUCUUCUGGGCAGGGGAGCUGGAGGGCAGAAGGAUAUCAUCAUUUCUCAUCUCCUCCUCCCUCCUCUUCUCCAGUGGAUAUUGAGGGAGCUAACAGGGCUGGCAUCUGGGGCAUGAACUGAGAUGGGGCAGGUGGGGGUUAGGGAAGCUGAUAUCAAAUAGUGACCUUGGUGGAGUCUCCUAUGUGAAGAGUACCCUCCCUCUCCACCCCCAGCCCCCAUAUCCUGGUUCUGGCCCAAGGAAAAUGUCCAUUCUACGACCUUCUCUUUUCCUCUCCUCUCACUUCUGCAGCUAUUCUCACACACCUAACCUCUAGGCAACAUGCACUAAAUUCAAAAGCAAGGAGAAGCCCUUCCCCCACCAUCAGUCCACCAGCCCUAGAACCUCCCUUGCCUCUACAGUCACCCAAUAAAGCCCAAGUCCAUGGAAAACGGCUGUGGCUUUAGUUUUGUUGCUUUUAAAAAAAAUCAAUCUACCAGUCUCUAGCAGUAAGAGGGAAAGUUAGACCUCAGCCGGGGAACUUUCCAUGUCCGCAGAUAGAACAGAGGACAAAGCCAUAGGUUGGAUCAGAAGUGUCCUUUUAGGAGUCAGAGUUGGGAGAAGGAGACAUCCUGGGACUGUUCAUCCCAGUUAAUAAAGUGGGCAAUUCUCAGGCCAUUAGGGGAUUUUAGAGCAGACUGACAUGCAAUUAGUCAGUAUUUCUCAGCCCAGCCAAGCCUGCUGCUAGUGUGGGAGGGGUCCUGCUCGCCAUCUGUACCCCUGGCUUGGAGUCUGCUGGUGCCCUGGGGGUUGUGGGGAUGAGGAGGCAUCAAAAA